AUGACGUACCAACCAUCGCCUGAAAAAGUCCAGCUGGGAGCGCAGAUGUCCCGCGAGUUCCUAGGCGACGCUGUCAUCUCAGACCUCCAGAAGGCCCGAGCAAAAACCGACAUAUUCGCCCGCACAAGCAAGGAGUACAUCGCGGAGGUGUGCUUCGCCAGUUAUGCGCGCCCGGGACUCAAGUUUCGCGAAAGGUCGCUGAUGAACAUCGCGAUGCUUAUAGCCCUUGGUCGUGGCCCUGAGCUCAGAAUCCAUCUUAAAGCGGCCGCUCAUAAUGGCCUGACAGAGGAGGAGAUCUGCGAGGCAUGUCGACAUGCUAUGAUUUAUUGUGGUGUACCUGCGGGGAGGGAUGCUCUAUUGGCAGCGAGUGAAGUAGCUGAAGAGAUGAAGGGGGUGGAUAAGGAGCAAACCUGA